AUGCCGUCCCUACAAAGUAGCAAACUGGCCUUCAUCGGCGGCGGUAACAUGGCCUCCGCCAUCAUCGGCGGCCUGCUCAGCAACAACGUUGCCAAGAGCAACAUCUUUGUGGCCGAGCCGUGGGACGUCAACCGCAACAAACUCGCCGCGACAGGCGUGCAGACGACGACCUCGAACGUCGAGGCCGGCGCGCAGGCCGACUUGGUGAUCAUCGCUGUAAAGCCGCAGGUUGCGCAGACCGUGUGCGAGGAGCUGGGGGCGUCGUGGUCCGGCCGGGAACGCUUACCUGUUGUUGUGAGUAUUGCGGCGGGGAUCACGCUGGGCAGUUUGCAGGAAUGGGCGCGGACGAAGGAUGGGCGCGCGCCGCAUGUGGUGCGGGUGAUGCCGAACACGCCGGCUUUGGUUGCGGAGGGGGCGUCCGGGGCGUUUGCGAGCUCGGAUGUGACGGCGGAGGAGAAGGAGUUGGUGAAUGCGUUGUUGGGGAGUGUGAGUAAGGCGACGGAGUGGGUGGAGAAGGAGGAGCUCUUGGAUGUGGUGACGGGGCUUUCUGGAUCCGGACCUGCUUAUUUCUUCGCGAUGGUGGAGCAUCUGGUCGCCAGCGCGACUGCGCUCGGCUUGCCACAGGACCAGGCUACGCGCUUGGCUACUCAGACUUGUCUUGGAGCAGGCAAGAUGCUGGUUGAGUCAUCCGAUGAGCCCAGCCAGCUUCGCAAAAACGUGACCAGUCCUAAUGGAACUACGCACGCGGCGCUGCAGACCUUUGAGGGCCUUGGAUUCAAGGACAUCGUUGACAAGGCUGUUAAGGCGGCCACUGACAGAGCUGCAGAGCUGGGCAAGAAAUGA